UUCUUUUUAUAUUGUGUACACCCACACCCACGCGCGCCUGCUCGAAUCAUUGACAUGCUGCGGCACGAGCCCCACACGCUGCAGAUUAAUGCCACCAGUGUCCUUUUGUAAUGGACUUUGCAGAGCAGCAGAUUUGUUUGCCUGGCCUGAUAAGUAUUUACUGUUCUCUCUGAUCAACAGUGGGGAUGGGGCAGCUGCUGCUGCUGCCGCCUUAGCUGUAAUAGGUGGAUGUUCUGUAUUCAGGGCUUGUGCUUGUGCUUGUGUGUGUGUGUGUGUGUGUGUGCGCGCAUACGUUUGUGUGUCAAGUUUCAUUUUGCAUUCCUUCAAGAAGUGUUGCCUGGGCGAGUAACUGCAUCUUCUGAGGAGGCCAGAUCUCCCAAGAAAGGGGUAAUUCAGGUGAAACUGCUGCAUCAUAUCUUCCUCCCUGAGGGGACCAGACAAACUGAUGAGACUCCAUUCUUUUGGAUGGUUCGUGUUUGCCUUGCUUGGUGGCAGAAUCGAAUCUCUUUCAAUGUGUAUCAGGCAAAGGCUCAGUUAGACUGAGAGUGCGAGCCAACGAGAGAGAGUGCUGUGAAUUAGCCUGUAACCGAUCAGGUCUGACUGCCUCAGUGCCCUCUUCAAGAAAGCUAUUAGAAGAAGAUGGAUUGCUGGUUUGGCUCGGUUGGAAUGGGUUACUGGAUGAAGUCAGGCAGGUAAUGGGACUUUCGUUAAAUCACAGUUCAAUUAAAUGGUUUGUGUUCAGGGCCACAGUCCACAUGGCUUUAGUGGAGGAGUCCAUACCCAGAUAGUGUCAGUGAUGAGAUUAUUAGUAGCCGUGAAUGUUUGGAGUUAAGGAGCUCAUGUCCUGUUGUGUUGACAUGUUGUCGUUGGCUUUAUUUUUCCACCGCGCUACAGCUGCGUAAGAGAGUCGUGCCAUAAGGACCCAUCCAGUGGUGCCUCUGGCAGAUAAAUGAGAAACACAGUGCUAUUUGUUUCUGUCCUUGGUGGUGUGAAGCCAUGCUGGCAUGUGUGUGUGUGUGUGUGUGUGUGUGUGCAUGUGUGUGUGUGUGUGUGUGUUGGAGGGUGGGGUGGUCUUGUUCAGUCUGUUGUAAACAGCUCCCUUAAUCAGCGUCCUGUGGAGAGACAGAAAGAGAGAAGGAAGGAGUCAGAAAAAUGAAAGGGAGAGGAAAGGAAAGAAGGGAGCAGAGGACCUGGUGAGGGAAGAAAAGAGAGGAAGGCCCUGUUGGGAAAGGUCACUUUGAGGUUUUACAGGCUGUGUGCCGGCAGGUCGGCUAAUAGCUGUUCCCCUCACCUGCCUCCCUAAAGCUGCAUGUUCAGAUCAGCUUUAUGGGGCAGCCAUUCAAACACAAAUGCAAAUCCAAAGCAGUGUGUGUGUGUGUGUGUGGGUGUGGGUGUGGGUGUGAUGUUUGGCUUAGCUUGUUGGGUUUAGGUGCUGAGUGGAGGUUUGGGUUAGUCACCGCGUUGGUUCUUUAGGCACGUUCAUUUGUGGCUUCCCUUCUAUUAGGCUGUGUUUUCUGUUUUAUUCUCUUUCGGGUGUCGAUUUGUGUGUGUGUGUGUGUGUGUGUGUAACCAUGUGUGUACAUGUGUGGGUUUGCACUGCUCUCUGCAGAGCUCAGUCGGUCGAAGCUGUGUCUCUCCUCGGGCGACCUUUGAGGACAUUGGCAGUUGGACUUCACGCUGUGUUAGUCUCAAGACAUCAGUGCACAUCCACGGCUCUCAGGGGAGAGAAUCACCCGAACAGGCCUCAACGCAGCAAACAGAGACACUACAGCCACCAGCGCACCACCAGCCUUUCACUGAGAAGAGGACACUUUUCCCCAUCUGCAAACUGUCUAGUAUUAUGCUUCCUGAUUUGGGUAUCUUUUUCAUUUAAUGCUCACCGCUCCCCCUUUCUCUCUUGCUGACGCCAUACGUCCACUGGUCAAGUGCACUGAAGUGAGCGACAGAAAUAGAUCUCUGAGGGUCACCCAGAAUAUAGAUGUCGGUUAGACCGAUAAAGCAUCAUCGCGGUCACUGUGGUACCAGGUUAUGGUUUAGAUAAAGCAUCAUCACGGUCACUGUAGUACCAGGUUAUGGUUUAGAAAGGGUCCUACAGCAUGUCCCACCGAGUCGUCGACUGUCUCAGCUAGUUAGAAUAGCCUCAUGCAUUUCAAAAACAAAUUAGCAUCAUUUUCAGUUUCAUUUAGUUUUUCUCCUCCAUUACUGCCACAAUAACUGAAUUGCUUUUUGCAUCAGCAGGGUGCAUAAAAUUAAAUAGCAUUUUAAUGGCCAAGGAGGGAGGGGGGCUCUGCUGCAGCUGCACCAUGAAGUGCCAUCUCAGUUCCGUUUUCUGUGUAAUUCGCUCCGUGCACAGCGUCUUAACCGAACGUUCGAUCUGACAGGAGGGUGGCACUUCUACUUCCGGUGUGAUUUGUUGUCAUCGGUUGUCAAGCUACAAUAUGAGUGCAGUACAGAAAAACAAGUCAUCUUUUAGGAAUUCCUUUAAAUUUAUGAGAAGGGCAAGUGGUUCAAAUGACCACUGCUGUGUGCCACAGUGUUCGGCAUCUAGUCGGUACAACAGCGAACUUAUUUUUCACAAGUUUCCUAAAGACUCAACACUUCGGGCGCAGUGGGUCCAUGAAAUCAGAAGAUCAGCAUUUACCGUCACACCGCACACAAAAGUAUGCAGCCGUCAUUUCGAAAGUCACCAAAUCAUGAAAACGGAUACGAACAGACGAGUUUUAGUGUCAGGCUCUGUCCCAUCUCUGUUUGAAUGGAACAACUACAGCACCGUUCAAACCCGGCCCGGUGUUUGGGAGCGCUGCACUCGAUCAACAAGUCCGCUGCCACCUGAACCUGUCCCGACAGAUGAGAACCUCCCUGAAGAGCUAGAGCAACCUGUCACGGUCCCGAUGGUUGUGGAGCAUGAUUACGGAGCCAGCCCUACACUGUGUGUGAACCGGGAGGUGUAUGAGGAUAUGGUGAGGGAGCUUGAGGCCCUAAGGGAGCAACUGCAGUCAUGUCAUCUGCAGUCAUUUGGACUCCAGCGUUUUUCUUCAUCGCCAGAGGAUAUCCGAUAUUACACCAGAUUCCCUUCUUACCGGCAUUUGAUGGCAUUCUGGGAUCUGAUUGAAGCAGCAACAACCAAAAUGGUUAGAGUAACAAGGGCAAGGAAAAACUAUGUUGCCAGCACAAUAACCGAGAGCCCAUUAACCAGACCAACGAAGCUGCUGCCAAUAGAUGAACUCUUCCUGUUCUUAACGUACCUUUCCACCGGCUGUACACAGAGGGAGCUGGGUCACAGGUUUAACAUCCAUCGAACAACAGUUAGCCGAAUUAUCGUUACCUGGGCAAACUUUCUCUACAGCCUUCUCGGUUCUAUCUGCAUCUGGAUGUCUCCUACAGCUGUUAAGGCCAAUCUUCCUCAAGCAUUUGAUGGUAACUACAGUGACACAAACAUCAUCCUUGACUGCACUGAACUACGGUGUCAGACUCCCUCAUCUCUGCUCCUCCAGAGUGAAGUUUUCUCCACGUACAAGUCCCACUGUACUUUUAAGGCGAUGGUAGGUAUGUCCCCCUGACAUUUGUGUCAACGCUCUUUGAAGGGUCCAUGAGUGACCGGCAAGUCUUCCGUCAGUCGGGCAUCACAACAUUAUUAGAUCCUAACACUGCAAUAAUGGUCGACAAAGGUUUUCUUGUAGACGACCUUGUGCCAGGGACUGUGUAUCGCCCUGCCUUUGUCUCUCAGAGGGCUCAGAUGCCAGAAAGGGAUGUAUUGCAGACCCAGUCCAUCGCAAGACUAAGGGUGCACGUGGAGAGGAUGAUUAGAAGAGUGAAA